CCCUCCCCCCUCCCAGGCCCCUUCCCCUGCUGCGGUCCUCCUUCCCGCCGCCUCCUUUGACGAAGUCCUCGCCCCCCCACUCCUUAAUAUUUUCUUUCGCUCGCCCUCCUUGCCUCCUCCAUUCGUUGUCUCACGUUUCCCACUCUUUGAGGAAGGAUGGUUGAUUUGGAGAGCGAAGUGCCCCCUCUGCCUCCCAGGUACAGGUUUCGGGAUUUGCUGCUCGGGGACCAAGGAUGGCAGAACGACGACAGGGUGCAAGUUGAAUUCUAUAUGAAUGAAAACACAUUUAAAGAGAGACUAAAGUUAUUUUUUAUCAAAAACCAGAGAUCAAGUCUAAGAAUACGUCUGUUCAAUUUUUCUCUCAAAUUAUUAAGCUGCUUAUUAUACAUAAUCCGAGUGCUACUAGAAAACCCUUCACAAGGAAAUGAAUGGUCUCAUAUCUUUUGGGUGAACAGAAGUCUACCUUUAUGGGGCUUACAGGUUUUAGUGGCACUGAUAAGUCUCUUUGAAACAAUACUGCUUGGUUAUCUCAGUUAUAAGGGAAACAUCUGGGAACAGAUUUUACGAAUACCCUUUAUCUUGGAAAUAAUUAAUGCGGUUCCCUUCAUUAUCUCAAUAUUCUGGCCUUCCUUAAGAAAUCUAUUUGUCCCAGUUUUUCUAAACUGUUGGCUUGCCAAACAUGCCUUGGAAAAUAUGAUUAAUGAUCUACACAGAGCCAUUCAGCGUACACAGUCUGCAAUGUUUAAUCAAGUUUUGAUUUUAAUAUCGACAUUACUUUGCCUUAUCUUCACCUGCAUCUGUGGAAUCCAACAUCUGGAACGGAUAGGAAAGAAGCUGAAUCUUUUCGACUCCCUUUAUUUCUGCAUCGUGACAUUUUCUACUGUGGGCUUUGGGGAUGUCACUCCAGAAACGUGGUCGUCCAAGCUUUUUGUGGUUGCCAUGAUCUGUGUUGCUCUUGUGGUUCUCCCUAUCCAGUUUGAACAGCUGGCCUAUUUGUGGAUGGAGAGACAAAAGUCGGGUGGAAACUAUAGUCGACACAGAGCUCAAACUGAAAAGCACGUUGUUCUGUGUGUCAGCUCACUGAAGAUUGAUCUACUCAUGGACUUUUUAAAUGAAUUCUAUGCACAUCCAAGACUCCAGGAUUAUUAUGUGGUGAUUUUGUGUCCUACUGAAAUGGAUGUGCAGGUCCGAAGGAUCCUCCAGAUUCCAAUGUGGUCACAAAGAGUUAUCUACCUUCAAGGUUCGGCCCUUAAAGACCAGGAUCUGUUGAGAGCAAAGAUGGAUGAUGCUGAGGCCUGUUUUAUUCUGAGCAGCCGUUGUGAAGUGGACAGGACAUCAUCUGAUCACCAAACAAUUUUAAGAGCAUGGGCUGUAAAAGAUUUUGCUCCAAAUUGCCCUUUGUAUGUCCAGAUCUUAAAGCCUGAAAAUAAAUUCCAUAUCAAAUUUGCUGAUCAUGUUGUUUGUGAAGAAGAGUUUAAAUACGCCAUGUUAGCUUUAAACUGUAUAUGCCCAGCAACAUCUACACUUAUUACACUGCUGGUCCAUACCUCUAGAGGGCAAGAAGGCCAGCAGUCACCAGAACAGUGGCAGAAGAUGUAUGGCAGAUGCUCUGGGAAUGAAGUGUACCACAUCGUUCUGGAAGAAAGCACAUUUUUUGCUGAAUAUGAAGGAAAGAGCUUCACAUAUGCUUCUUUCCAUGCACACAAAAAGUUUGGUGUCUGCUUGAUUGGUAUUAGGAGGGACGAUAAUAAAAACAUUUUGCUGAAUCCAGGUCCUCGAUAUAUUAUGAAUGCCACAGAUACAUGUUUUUAUAUUAAUAUUACCAAAGAAGAGAAUUCAGCAUUUAAAAACCACGACCAUCAGAAAAAAAGCAAUGUACCAAGGUCAUUUUAUCAUGGACCAUCUAGAUUGCCUGUACAUAGCAUAAUUGCCAGCAUGGGUACUGUAGCCAUAGACUUGCAAGACACAAGCUGCAGAUCAGCAAGUGGCCCUACCCUGUCUCUUCCUACAGAAGGAAGUAAAGAAGUCAGAAGACCCAGUAUUGCUCCCGUUUUAGAGGUUGCAGACACGUCAUCAAUUCAAACAUGUGAUCUUCUAAGUGAUCAAUCAGAAGACGAAACUACACCAGAUGAAGAAAUGUCCUCAAACUUGGAAUAUGCUAAAGGCUACCCACCUUACUCUCCAUACAUAGGAAGUUCACCCACUUUUUGCCAUCUCCUUCAUGAAAAAGUACCAUUUUGCUGCUUAAGACUAGACAAGAGUUGCCAGCAUAACUACUAUGAGGAUGCAAAAGCCUAUGGAUUCAAAAAUAAGCUAAUUAUAGUUGCAGCUGAAACAGCUGGAAAUGGAUUGUAUAAUUUUAUUGUUCCUCUCAGGGCUUAUUAUAGACCAAAGAAAGAACUUAAUCCCGUAAUACUGCUAUUGGAUAACCCCCUAGAUGAUUUACUCAGGUGUGGAGUGACUUUUGCUGCCAACAUGGUGGUCGUGGACAAAGAAAGCACCAUGAGCGCUGAGGAAGACUACAUGGCGGACGCCAAAACCAUCGUCAACGUGCAGACCCUGUUCAGGUUGUUUUCCAGUCUCAGUAUUAUCACAGAACUCACCCACCCAGCCAACAUGAGAUUCAUGCAAUUCAGAGCCAAAGACUGUUACUCUCUUGCUCUUUCAAAGCUGGAAAAGAAAGAAAGAGAACGAGGCUCUAACUUGGCCUUCAUAUUCCGACUGCCUUUUGCUGCUGGGAGGGUGUUCAGUAUCAGCAUGUUGGACACACUUCUUUAUCAGUCAUUUGUGAAGGACUAUAUGAUUUCUAUUACCAGACUUCUGUUGGGAUUGGACACUACACCAGGAUCGGGGUUUCUUUGCUCUAUGAAGAUCACGGAGGAUGACCUAUGGAUUAGGACUUAUGCCAGACUUUAUCAGAAGUUAUGUUCCUCUACUGGAGAUGUUCCCAUUGGUAUCUACAGGACGGAAUCUCAAAAGCUUACUACAUCUGAGUGUCGAGAAAUAGCAUCACAAUCUCAGAUAUCCAUCAGUGUAGAAGAGUGGGAAGACACCAAAGAUGCUAAAGAACAAGGUCACCACCGAAGUAACCACCGCAACUCGACAUCCAGCGACCAAUCGGAUCACCCGCUGCUGAGGAGGAAGAGCAUGCAAUGGGCCCGAAGGCUGAGCAGGAAAGGUCCCAAACAUUCCGGUAGAACCGCGGAGAAAAUGACCCAGCAGCGCCUGAACCUCUACAGGAGGUCAGAAAGACAAGAGCUUGCUGAACUUGUGAAAAAUAGAAUGAAACACUUGGGUCUUUCUACAGUGGGAUAUGAUGAAAUGAAUGAUCAUCAAAAUACCCUCUCCUACAUCCUGAUAAACCCAUCUCCAGACACCAGACUGGAGCUGAAUGAUGUUGUAUACUUAAUCCGACCGGAUCCACUGGCUUACCUACCCAACAGUGAACCCAGUCGAAAAAACAGCAUCUGCAACACCAUGGUUCAGGACUCUCGAGAGGAAACUCAGCUUUGAUAAAAAGAAAAUAAUAAACUGUUUUUUUUUCCCUCCAAGGAUGUUGCUUGAAACAACUUUAGAUCUUAGGAAAGAAAAAGCAUUGCUGGCAUGAACUAAACUAGAUUGGAAUAUAUCCAAUUCUCUCAUAUUUAAAAAAAUCUAUUCUCCUGGAAGUAUAGAGUAUUUUGAAACUUGAAGUACUGCUUGUUGGUACUCCUCCUAUUAAUAUUUGAAAGACAUCAAUGGAAUGGUUUUGAAAACCUAAAUCAGAACACAAAAAUUUAAACCUGAUGUUUCCUUGUUUGACAAUGAUGCAAACUGUAGUAGCCAAUUUUUUUUUAAGUAUUAAGGCUUUAUGAAAGUAAACUAGAAAUCUAACUAUACUUGGUGCAUCCCAGUGGACAUAGAAGAUGGUUGCUCCUCUUAAAAUUAAAUGUGUCUUAUUACAUUGCUGUUCUAUAAAAACAGCUCAUCAUACUGUGUCUAGUCUUCUCUACACAGAUAAACAAAUUUAUGUGGCUGACUUCUGUGUAAGAAUCAUAGUUUACUUUAGAAUAUGAAUCCUUCAGUCAUUUUAACCUUUUUGUUGCCUUUUCAUAUGAUAUGAUAUCCAUUUUAGAAUUUGCCAUGUUGAUAGCAUGUUUUAUUACUCUGAAGAAAUCAAAACCAACGAAAAUAAAUAUUAACAACAUGAAAUUUUCCCUAACUUUAUGUUUGAUACACAUUGUAUGCCAAGAAAAGUAUAAAAGCAAAUACGUAUUGUUCUCCUAACAUGUUUUUCUCCUAAGAGAAUACCUAACAUAGGGAAAAUACUUGAAACACAUUUGUCGACUUAAGUUUACUCCAAAAAUUGAAACUUCAAUAUUAAGUAAUGAUUUUCAUUAAAAUCUUGAGCUUUAACUUUUUUUAAUAUAUCUAUAUAGUAUGUUUCAUUAGAAAGAUACUUAAAAAGAAGCAUAAUUAUGCUUUUUAUAGAAUACAAAGAAUUUCAAAACAUUAGAAGUCCUCCUUUAUGCUUUUAGCAUUAAAGUAAUCAUAUUCCAAAAAAAUGCUAUAUCAAAAUUUUUAUCCAAUUUAACUGUACUUUAACAUUGUGCAAAAAACAUACAAAAUAAAGAUAGGUAGCUUGGGAGAAUUCCCUGGUGGUGUAGUGGUUAAGCCUCUGUGCUUUCACUGCCAAGGGCCUGGGUUCUAUUUCUGGUCAGAGAACUAAGAUCCUGCAAGCUGUGUGGUGUGGCCAAAAAGAAAAGGCAGUUUUUGCCAUUUAAAUUUAAUGCAGACCAUAAAGAAUUGGACAGUUAUAAAGGAAAAAUUGACCCUUGAUGACUCCAGUGCUCUUACCUGUAUUGCAUUAGUCCCCUUCAGAAACGGGUUGAAAAACAGAGCUUAGUCUACAAGGUAGUUGAAAUGUGUUGUCAUUCCCAUGAAAGAGAUACUGAAAAAUUUUUAAAGAUUUUUGCUCCAAAUUUUUUUUUCUGAAUUUUACUUUGAAUUUCAAUUCAACAGAAAGUAGAACAUUUAAAGCUAGAAAGGUGGUAUCAUUUCUUUACACAAAGAAGCAGAUAAAUUAAAAAGAAAAUAGGAUUAAAGGUAACAAAUAAAAUCUAAUAUUCCCCCAUAAUUCUGUGAAUAUAAAAUGUGAAAUUAUAGAUUAUAGCUAUUGUAUAAUUUGGCUUUGAGUAUAUGAAAUGCCUUUUUGUUGUUCUUUUUGUUUAGUAUUUUAUAUUACUCGCAUUUUAGAACAACAUGAACACCAAGAAUUUCCCCUAAAAUAGGGAGACCCUAUAUUUAAUUCUCUUUAACCAAACAAGGAAAUAGAAACACAACUUAAAACAAAGAUGGUAUGCCUAUACAUGUGUAUAUGUUAUAAACACAGGUGAAAUACAGUUGACAAACAUAGUCACAUAGAAAUUAUUCAAACUGAAGGCAGAAUUGAAUUAAUAUAUGUAAUGGAGAACAACAAUAAAUUUAAUGAACUUGUUUCAUACUUGCACAUUGAAAUUUAAGUAUGAUGUUUCUUUGAGUUGCCAUGUCUUUACCCAUUACAGUUGUGUUUAGGAAUAAAUGUUAAGGUUUUAUGAAAUUUUUUUCCUCCAAUAUCUCAAAUUGAGUAUUUUUGCAUUAUGACAGUUGCCAAGACUAGGGUUUUACUCUAGGUAGGGCCUGACUAUAUUUCCUAUGAAAAUAAAAAAUGUGUUUCAUAAAUUUUAAAAUAAUUAUUUUUGACUAUGAACAUUAGUCCAAAUUUAAUAUUUAACACAAUUCAGAUCAGCUUGCUAUAAUGAUGAUAGUUUAUUACUCUUUCUGUUAUUUAAAAAAUAAAAACACACUUAUAAAAGACUUUUAACAAAUGGUUGCCUUUUUAAAUUACUUACACUUGCACAUGAAAAUAAAAUAUGAACUCAAUAUUAGUUCUUGUAACCCUAUGGGAUUUGACUCUGUUUAUUGUCUAUGUACCAUUUUGCUACCAGUUACACUGCUUUAAAAUAAAUAAUAAAAUUAUUUCUGAUGAUGAAAACAUUUAUUUUGGCAAAACUUGAGUUGUGUAGACAAAUUAUAUUUUGAUUUGCCACAGUUGUAUUUUUCCCUGUCACUUUAAUAUUUCAAAACCAAUAUAAACAUGAAGGUGAUAUCACUGGAAAAGUUAGUGAUAGAUAAACAGUUGUUAAAUUACUUAAGAAAAGAAGGACAGGAAAGACAGAGAGACAGAGGAGGAAGUGAACAAAGGGAAAGGAGGGAAAAAUAGAAAGGGAAGAGAUGAAGAGAGAGAAAAAGAAGAAGAAAAACAGGAAAGGAAAAAAAUCAAAAAGAAACACCAAUAUAGGUGCCAGAAAAGAAAAAAAAAAAUUUUUUUUUCUUUUAAAAACUAGAGGAUAAUGUCUCAAAAUAGUAAUUUAAAGGCCAGAGAAAUUGUGCUUAGAGAAAACCAAUUUUAAAUGCAAAGCUAGACUUUUGGUCAGGGAAAUGGAGUAGAAACUUUUCUCCCCAUUACUUCUAGGUGCAGCUGAAAACCCUAGAUAUGAAACUGAGUAGCACCCUCUGGGCCUUCCUAGGGACAGACACACCAUCCCCCAUGUCCUAGGAAAACAGUCAAGCAAGACAAAGGAGUAUUAACUUAGCCAAAAAACAGAGUCAAGGACAUGUCAUUCCUCAAGAGCUCAUAGUCAUAUUCUGAGCCAUACCUUGGAGUUGUUUUGCAGAUACUGAAACCCUCAAAAGGGAAGAAGUUGACUACAUGCUGACCACCAGCACAUAGAUCCCAGACUAGUAGGAACCAGAAAAUUGAUACUUGAGAGUCCUGAAAAACCAUCCUGUUACCUCACCCCCAACCAAACAGAAGGAUAUACAUGAGCCAGUUGCAUACGACCCUCUCCUUCGCCUUGCCUUUAAAAAACCCUUCCUUGAAAGCCACUGACAAGUUUGAGUUUUUUUGAACACUGGCUGACUGUUCUCCUUACUUGGUGCCUGGCAAUAAAUACUGUACUUUCCUUCACCACUGCCUGAUGUCCAUAGAUGGCUUUGCUGUGCCUCAAGCAAGCAGACCUAAGUUGGGUUGAAUGACAAAUACUACAUAUCAAUCCAACAUAAGAAGGCUGAAGAGAAGAAGGAAGAUGGACUAGGGAACUAUGGCUUGAGGAGCAGCAUGGUGAUGAGUUCUCUAGGUUUUCUUUUUGCCUCCUACAAUUGCUUUGGAUAUUUGGAAAUACCAAUGUGCAUGCAUGCUCAGUCAUGUGUGACUCUUUGUGACCCCACAGACUAGAGCCCGCCAGGCUUCUAUACCCAUGGGAUUUCCAAGGGAAGUCUAUUAGAGUGGGUUUCCAUUUCCUCCUCCAGGGGAUCUUCCCAAUCCAGGGACUGAAUCUGCAUCUCCUGAAUCUCCUGCAUUGGCAGGUGGAUUCUUUACCGCUGUUCCAUCUGGGAAGCUGGGACAUGUUAGUGAGAAGAGCAAAACCAAGAAAAGCCUGCUCUUUCUACGGGACCAACUUGGCAGCAUAUGCAACUGUCACAGCACCAGACUCCUGAUGACACUGCAGUGUGAGUGGCUUGUUUACAGAACAUCACCUAAAAUAUAUGGUGGUCAAAACAUCCAGUGGCCAGGAGCUUCCUUCAGCACCCCCAGGAUGGUGUAUAAUCAAGUGCCUCCAGUGGUACACUCCUCCGUGAAGACUGUCCUGAGAUGUUCAGCAAAGGAGUACCACAGAAUUUUCUGCAAUUCUGUGAACCAUAGCAAUGCCAACAGCCUGGUUUCAGUCCUGGAGUCUCUUCCUGGAUGCUCAAUCUCAGCUCUUAAGAUAAUGCAUGCUCCUUAUAUCUGUUAUUGCUGUGUUAUUUUCAAGUCCUCUUUACUUAGCACUAGCCAAUCUGUCAUUACUCCAAGGUUCUGAUACAGUUAAUGAUUAUCUGUAACUUUCUUUGUCCAAAUCACUGUGUACUUCUUCAGAUUAGAUCCUGGCUGAGAAAAAUACAUAAGUCAGUAGUUCUCCAUCUGAAUAAAUCUAAGAUAAUGGUGAUAUCAAAAUCCAAGGCUUGGAAUCUGAAGGACAUAUUUUGGGAAAAUUCAGCAAAUUAAAUAGUACCUGCUGGGAAAUUUUUAAUACAGACAACACUUACUCUGUGGAGCAUUAGAUAACUAUUAUUUCAUUUUGAUCUCUGAUCAUUUUAUAGGAUUGUUCUCCAGUCUAUAUUAUUUGAAGGAACAGGUCAGCUUUAACUGUGGUGGAUCAAUAUGAGAUUAUACCAAAUGGUUCUGAAAAAAAUGUUAUUUGGUUUAUAAUUAAAGAUUAUGUACUAUCUUAGCAUUCAAUAAAAUUUCAUUCUACUGUUUAUAUCUAUUAAUAAAAAUGUUGCAAUAGA